CAAGUUCAUUUUCAUUUUUGGAGGUGUUCAGAUAUAAAGCUUCUGCUUCUGGGUUUGUUGCUGCUCCUGCAUUCUUUCAGCCAAGAAUAUUUUCGGGAGGCAAGAGCAAGGGUGGGGAGGGAAAAUAUGGUUAGAAAGAAUGCAGAAUCCGCGAGAAAGGAAGCAGAAAAGGUAGAAGAAAGUGUUGCAGUGGCCAUUGAUAAGGACAAAGGAAGCCAAUAUGCUCUUAAAUGGGCUGUUGAUCACCUUCUCACCAGAGGCCAAUCUGUCACUCUUCUCCAUGUUAAACAAAAGGCACCAUCUAUCCAUGCCCCAUCUAAUGUUAACGAGGACGUUUCAAGAACACAUACCAAACAACUUGAAUCUGAAGCCAGGGAAUUAUUUCUUCCAUUCCGCUGCUUCUGCACACGCAAGGAUAUAAGAUGUAAAGAAGUUGUAGUUGAGGAUGUUGAUGUAUCCAAAGCAAUAAUAGAUUAUGCUGCUUCUCAUAUAAUAGAAACUUUGAUACUGGGGGCAACAACAAGGGGAGGCCUAAUUGUCAGAAAAUUCAAGACAACAGACGUCCCAAGCAUUGUGUCAAAAGCUGCACCAGAUUUCUGCACCGUAUAUGUCAUCAACAAAGGAAAAGUUUCUUCUGUACGGUCUGCUAGUGCUCCACCACCUCCAAAACCUCCACUUCAAAUUCAGUUGCCUAACAAACCCAGCUAUAUCCCUGCUUCGCCUGAUGUACAUCAAAGGACUGGCCGAACUCCCCAUGUGUCUGAGAGGUCAUCAUAUAUGUCAAAUAGCAUCCAAGAAGAUUCAGAAAUGAUCAAGUCCCCAUUCAUUAGAAAUAGUGGUUCAAUGGGAAAAUCAUAUAACCAUUACCCACCAGAAAUGGAUGUAUCAUAUGCAAGCAGUGUUAGGCCAACGAGCAAACGCAUGUUUCCAUCUUUCCAUGACCACUCAGAAUCUGUAAUGAGCCCCCAGUAUGCAAUGGGCAAUGACUAUGAUGAUAGAAGCUUUGGGUCAAUGUACUCGGCAAGCACGUCAAUAGAUAUGGAUUCACAAUAUAAUUACUCAUGCAGCUCACAGGACACUGGGCAAACGUCAUGGCAUUCACACAACAUGAAUGAUGUGGAAUCUGAGAUAAGGAGACUCAGACUAGAGCUGAAGCAAACAAUGGACAUGUACAAUUCAGCAUGCAGGGAGGCACUCUCAGCAAAACAGAAGACUAGGGAAUAUCAAUAUCAGAAUUUAAAAGAACAUAGAUUUGAUGAGGCACAAAUAGCAGAGGAAGCUGCAUUGGCACUAGUCGAGAAGGAGAAAGCAAAGUGUAAUGCAGCGAUUGAAGCCGCUCAAGCUGCUCAAAAACUUGCUGAAAUGGAAGCACAAAAAAGAAUGAGUUUAGAAAUGAAAGCUCUCAAAGACUCUGAGGAGACAAAGGCAAGGGAAUCUUGGGUGCCAAGUGAUCUUAGGUAUCGAAGAUACACAAUUGAGGAGAUUGAAACGGCAACAAAAGACUUCUCAGACUCUCUGAAGAUUGGGGAAGGAGGUUAUGGCCCAGUUUACAGGUGUUACCUGGAUCAUACAGAAGUUGCAGUUAAAGUUCUACGUGCAGAUGCAGCUCAAGGAAAGUCACAGUUUCAGCAAGAGGUUGAAGUAUUAUCCUGCAUUCGGCAUCCAAACAUGGUUCUCCUCCUUGGAGCUUGCCCAGAGUACGGUUGUCUGGUGUAUGAACACAUGGCUAAUGGCAGCUUAGAUGAUCGUCUCUUCAGGCGAGGAAAUACCCCACCUCUUCCUUGGCAAGUAAGAUUCAGAAUUGCUGCAGAGAUUGCCACAGGCCUUCUUUUUCUCCACCAAACCAAACCAGAACCUCUGGUGCAUCGUGACCUAAAACCUGGCAAUAUUUUGCUCGACCGUAAUUUCGUCAGCAAGAUUAGUGAUGUUGGCUUGGCAAGACUUGUCCCCCCAUCUGUAGCUGAUAGUGUUACCCAAUAUCGCAUGACAUCAGCAGCAGGAACAUUCUGUUACAUUGAUCCAGAAUAUCAGCAAACUGGAAUGCUAGGAACAAAAUCUGAUAUUUACUCACUUGGUAUCAUGCUUCUACAAAUGAUAACCGCAAAGUCACCAAUGGGUUUAGCUCAUCUAGUUGAAAGUUCAAUAGAGGAUGGAACUUUUGUUGAGGUACUUGACCCAACUGUUCCUGAAUGGCCCUUAGAGGAUACCUUGAAAUUUGCCAAACUAGCUCUUCAAUGUGCAGAACUAAGAAAAAAAGACAGACCAGAUCUUGGGAAGGUCAUUUUGCCUGAACUUAACAGAUUGAGAGCGCUUGGAGAAGAAAACAUGCCCUAUCCCAUGUUUGGAGGUAUAUUUAGCACAACAACCUCAACUAAUCGCAGCCAUAUUUCCUCACUUCAAGAAGUGACGAUGAGUGAUGUACCAUCCGCAACUGAUAGCUCAAGCAUUUCAAGUUCAUCAUCAUAUGGAGGAAGAAGAUAAUAUUUUAUACAGGAUGCUACUACAAGCUUAUAGCGCUUGUGAUUGGAGCACCAA